AUGUGGGCCGAGGGAGCAUAUUACUACAGUGGGCAGGGAGACCAGGUCUACACCCUGAAGAAGCCUGACUCUAUGGCACAACAGACCCUCUGGGCCUACCCUGCUCAAUUCUCCCUGGACGACAAAUACUCUCAAGAUGAAAUCACCAUCAAGAAAUGCUUCAAGGUACUCAUGACCCAGCAACCUCGGCCUGUCCUCUGAGGAUCUCUUAAAAUCUCAUAUCCCUUCUGCUGCCUGCUAGCUCCAGGAGACUUUCUGAAA